AUGAUUCCAGAAUUGGCUUUACCGUCAAUUCGAGCACGAAUAGAGCAAAUCGAUGAACUAACUGUCAAAAUUGGUGAUGAACCAGACGCCCGUCUGGUGCAUGAAAUGGUCGUGUUUGGUCACGAACUGGCCGAUUUGAUCGUUUGCAGUGCGUCUGCUGCGUACACAGUCUCGAUCCAACACUACGAACCCGUUCACGAGCAAUGUCGAUUGGUCGCAGUCGAAGCACUCGGAGUAGUGAAAACGCUUAAAGAGUCGAAUUAUGCAGAAGCGAAAGGCACAUUUUUACCUGCUCUAAAGAAAUGCGUUGAGAAGCUGGAGACUCUUUGUAAGCAAUUGCCAACGUCGAACGGUGAUCUCGACGCUGAGAAAGUUGACGCAUUGUUGGAAGAUGAAAUGAAACGUAUGGAUGCAGCAAUUCAGAAGGCCGUUCAAAUGAUCGAAGAAAUGCAGAAGAAGAGUAGAGCCACUGACUCUGGCAUUAGAUUGGAAGUGAACGAAAAAAUAUUGGAGUCGUGUAAUGCGUUGAUGGCAGCCAUAAUUGAGUUGGUGAAGAAGAGUCAUGCGAUG